CCUUGUUUUGAAUUUUUUUGACUUCCGGUGAAACUCUCAACGGGUGAGCACGUUGCAUCGUGUUAGUCCGGGGAAAAUUCGAGUAUUUCGCAAGAAAGAAAGGAUUUUCAGCCGUACUUUGACGAUUCGACGCAGCCACACAGCGAGAUUUUCGCUUGUAGUCAAGUGAAAAGAAAGUCCACUGGACUAUAAACGAAAAUUAACUGGCAAUAUAGCCUUAUUUGCUGUGCCAUCAAUUCGGCGUCAUCUCAAAUGAGUUGACGCCAACCAGAAAGGAAGAAGAAGAAGAAGAAUUUUAUAAUUCCAGUGAAUGAAGGUUUUCAACAGUAUUUUCCUAAAAAUAUCAAAUCAGUGCAAAUGUUUGCGUUUAGGUUGGCCUUAAACAGGUUAACCAAUGAAACCGUCCGCCAUCAGUCUGCCGGAUUGUGGCGCAAGUCCUCCAGCUUGCGUGACUUUCAAACUAGUGCCCUCGUAUAUAAGCGUAGGAAGACGGCCGAAGAAAGGAAAGCUCCACAGGUGAUAGAAUUUCCUGCGAAAAAGCAUCGCAGUACGACGAACAGCAGCAACGAUGCGGGGACGGUGGUUGACAUUUGGCGGAACAUGACUGUGGCGGAUCUGGCUAAAACUUGCCGGUUAGAACUGGAGCACAUCCAGGAGGCAAUGCUGUACGUUAAGGACGUCGGUAGUAUCGAUGCGACGGCACAAAUAGCGGAUCCCAGGAUCAUUAAGGAGAUUGUCAAAAAGUGCGGCAUGAGAACGCGGAUCGUAGCUGCUCCGAGUGAUGAGAAGGAAGUUGAAACGAAAGAUCGGGAUGUGGUUCCGAGGCCUCCACCGGCAGCGGAAAACCUUCGCUCGAGACCCCCGGUCGUUACGGUGAUGGGUCAUGUUGAUCAUGGUAAAACGACGCUGCUGGAUUCGUUGCGUGGUGCGUCGGUGGCGGCCAGUGAAGCCGGUGGCAUUACUCAGCACAUUGGAGCGUUCACGGUGGAACUGGACAGUGGGGAGAAGGUAACGUUUCUCGAUACCCCAGGUCAUGCGGCGUUCAGUGCGAUGCGAGCCCGAGGUGCCAAUUUGACCGACAUCAUUGUGCUUGUGGUCGCCGCAGACGAUGGUGUCAUGGAACAAACCAAAGAGGUACUGAAUCUGGCUAAGGAAGCCGCAGUUCCGAUUAUAGUGGCCAUCAACAAGGUCGAUAAACCCGGUUCCAAUGCGGAUCGGGUGAAACGGGAACUGUCACAGCACGGUGUGGCUUUGGAAGGUUUCGGUGGAGAUACGAUCGCUGUGGGUGUAUCAGCACUGCAUGGCACUCACCUGGACGAGUUGACCGAAGCCGUCAGUACCCAGGCAACGAUGAUGAGUCUGAAGGGGGAAUACGUCGGUCCGAUGGAGGGUGUCGUUGUCGAAUCGAAACUCGACAGUCACCGGGGCAAACUAUCGACUGCGAUUGUGACCCGCGGGACGCUUCGCAAGGGUAGUGUUCUGGUUAGUGGUCAAGCUUGGGCCAAAGUGCGCGGUCUGUUCGAUCACGCCGGACAGCCAAUAAUGCAAGUAACUCCCGGCAUGCCGGUGGAAAUCUUGGGCUGGCGAGAGCUUCCUUCCGCGGGGGACACGAUUUUGGAGGUAGAAUCGGAAAAGGUGGCUCACUCGGUUAUGCGAUGGCGGGAAGCUCAGGCAAUGGUGGAGAAAGCCGAGAGCGAUAAGGAUGCCAUCACGUUGAAGCAACAGGAGCAUGAGGAAAAAUACAAAGCCCAACGGGAGCAACAACGAGCAUCUGGUUACUUCCGACGACGGAAUCGUGGCCCUCGUCCAAAGGAAUCAGCUCCGGAAGAUCCAACGCCACGGGUCAAUGUGAUCAUUAAAGGGGAUGUGCACGGCUCGGUGGAAGCGAUUCUCGAUGUGCUGGAAACGUACGAUGGAAACGAUCAGUGCCGGCUGGAUGUGAUUCAUUAUGCCGUCGGAGAUGUUACUCAGGGUGAUUUGGAGAUGGCCAAACUUUUCAAUGCCAUUAUCUAUGCUUUUUCGGUUAAUUCUCCGGAUAAACCUCCGAAAGAUGUUAUCAUUCGACCGGUCAACAUAAUCUACCGAUUGGUGGACGACCUGAAGAAGGAAAUCAACUCCAAGUUGCCGCUGGUCGAUGUUGAAGAAAUGAUAGGCGAAGCAAAUGUUCUACAGCUGUUCGAAAUCAACGAAGGCCGAAAGAAGCUAACCGUACUGGGCUGUCGGUGCGUCAAGGGAAUGCUGAAAAAAGCCGCCAAAUACAAACUGGUCCGAAAUGGAGACGUGCUGGUCAGCGAUCUGGUGCUGGACUCGAUGAGACACCUAAAAAACGAAGUCGAAACCGUCAAGCGGGAUGUCGAGUGUGGGCUGCGAUUGAACGAUCAACAACUCGAGCUGAAAGCGGGCGAUACGCUGGUGUGCUAUAAAAUCAACCAGGAACCAAACCAGACGGAUUGGGAUCCGGGUUUCUAGACGUGUUGUUAGUUAGUUAGAGAAUUACAGAUUACACAUUGGUGCUACUUUUUUUUUAUUCAAUAAUAAUAUAUUUAAAGGCACACUGCUAAAGCUCUAA